GCACCAUCCAUUAGUAGUAUCGUCGUUCUUCUUGGCCUUUCUUACCCGCCAUCUCACUAUGGCCUCAGAGGUCUCCGUGCCGAGUCUGGCACCCAAGCCCAAGAUUGACUUGUCCAAGAAGCUUUCAGAGCUUCGAGCGAGCAAGAGCAAGUCGAGCACAGCACCCUCCAAAGAGCCCGCACCAGUCACCCCGCCUCUACCUAGCCCUCCCGACCUCACCUCCCACCAAUAUACCCGGCCGGUCCGUCGAAUCCUAUCACGAAAUGAUCACGAACUCUUCCUCUCUUCCCCUACAUACAGACUGAUCCUCGGUUUCAUCUUCGGACUCUCCGAUUCCGUACGAGGACGGGCGACAACCGAAGCUGGCAAGCCUUCUCCCACCAUCACCAAAGUACAGUCCGUGGUCGACCAAAUACGCUCACUUCUUGAACGCCACCCUUCCCUCGACCAGAACGGCUCGCGCUUUGGUAACCCAGCAUUCCGCGAUCUGUUCGACGAUGUCGCGAGACAGAGCGAGGCAUGGCAUCGAGACAUAUUCGGGUUCGAGGACCCGGCCCUUCUCGAAGAGGCAUCUACAUACCUUAUCAACUCGUUAGGGUCGCGGGAUCGACUCGAUUACGGCUCUGGUCACGAGCUGAACUUCAUGAUGUGGCUACUAUGUCUCCGCCAGGUGGACCUGUUUUCGAAACCCGACUUCCCUGCGAUCGUCUUCCACGUGUACGUUAGUUACAUGCGGUUGAUGCGCGACAUUCAGACCACAUACUAUCUCGAACCCGCCGGGUCCCACGGUGUCUGGGGUCUGGACGACUACCACUUCCUGCCGUUCCUGUUCGGCGCCUCGCAGCUCGUGGCCCAUCCCUACAUCACCCCGCUGUCGAUCCACAACAUGGCGGUGCUCGAGGAAGAAAGCGACAAUUUCAUCUACCUGGAUCAAGUGCGGUGGGUCGACAGCGUGAAGACCGUGAAAGGGCUGCGCUGGCACAGCCCCAUGCUAGAUGACAUCUCGGGGGCCAAAAAUUGGAGCAAGAUUGAAGGCGGCAUGAAGAAGAUGUUUGUCAAGGAAGUUCUGGGCAAGUUGCCCAUCAUGCAACACUUCCUUUUCGGUAGCCUUCUGCCCGCCGCGCCUGGGAUGACGGAGGUCACCGAUGACAUGGAGAGCGAGGAGCACGACCACGAGCACGAACACGGUCCUGGCCAUGAUCACACCAAUCACCUGGAUUGGUUCGGCGAUUGCUGUGGCAUCAAGGUCCCCAGCACGGUUGCUGCGGGAGCCGAGAUGCGGAAACGAGGGGGAGGAUCAGGGCUACGCCCGAUUCCGUUCGAUUGAAACCCAUGUUUCAUGCCACAGAGCACGAACCAUGGCCCUUGAGGGACAACUAGGAGAUAACAUUAUGAUAUCAAUAGCAUGAAAUAGCAUGAAACGUCAAAAAGCAUAGAACAUAGUCUGCCAAUAAUGACAAUCGCGCCACUGGUGGC